GCUUCCCUUUCCCUCGCUCUAGGAGUAGAUAUAACCGCCACCGCCACCGCCGCCGCCGCCUCCUCCUCCUCCUCUAUCCUGGGAAGUCUACCCAGCCAAAAAAGGUCCAAAUUUCCUCUGAGAUAUAAGAUAAACCUUUUAUCUAGUGGCUUCCAUCCUAAUGGAGACUGAUGCAGAUGCAAAACAAAGCUCUUUGGUUUUGAUCAAGCAAGGUGCAGAGGCUAGGGUAUUUGAGUCAACAUUUGUGGGUAGGAGGUCUAUUAUAAAAGAACGCUUUUCGAAGAAAUAUAGGCAUCCAUCCCUGGACUCAAAACUUACUCUCAAACGCUUAAAUGCGGAGGCUAGGUGCAUGACAAAAGCUAGACGACUUGGGGUUUCUACACCAGUGCUUUAUGCCAUGGACCCUGUGCUGCAUUCCCUAACUUUUGAAUAUGUUGAAGGUCCCUCGGUCAAAGAGAUAUUUCUUGACUUUGGAGAGCAAGGUAUUAUUGAAGAAAGGAUGGAUGAUAUUGCAAAACAGAUUGGUGAUGCAAUUGGAAAACUGCAUGAUGGUGGCCUCAUACAUGGUGAUUUGACAACAUCUAACAUGUUAGUUCAAAGUGGCUCCAAUCAGCUCGUACUAAUUGACUUUGGUCUAAGCUUUACGUCAACUCUUCCAGAAGAUAAAGCAGUUGAUCUAUACGUACUUGAACGAGCAUUACUCUCCAUGCACUCUUCUUGUGGAAAUGUAAUGGAUCGAAUUCUUGCUGCAUAUAAGAAGUCCUCAAAGCAAUGGUCUUCGACCCUUAAUAAGCUAGCCCAAGUACGACAAAGGGGGAGGAAGCGGACGAUGGUUGGUUAAGCUGCUGCAGCUCUCUGUUUACAUUAAGGUAAACAGCUUUAAAGAUGGAAGGACUUGGUUGAUCAUAAUGUGCAGAAGGAGUUAUGCUUUGCUUCACCCACGUCUGUGAUUGUUUUGAAGAUACUGCUAAUAUUUUAAGUUCUUCAAAUUGUUGACGUGAACUGAUAUCUUAAAUUGUUCUUUGUGCUAUAAGAAAAUAUAGCAGUAGUAUUCGCACUUAGCUGUAUAUUGGAAGGAGUAGGCACCAUUAAAAUGGAUGCUGGGGUCUUAGGUUUCUAUUUAUGAAGAAUGUGAUCAGAUGAAUGUAAUCUAAGUUUGGUUUCCUUCUUGUU